AGGAAUGAAUAGAGGGAGUAAGAUAAGGGAGGAUAAGAAGAUUAUUGGAGGUGAUGAAGAUUCAAUGCAAACAAAAGCGUAUUUGGAAAAAGCAGAGUAUUAUAAAAAGGCAACCUCUUACCUUGGAUCUGAAUGAGAAAAGCAAAGAAGAGUUAUUCAAAAAUUAAAGAAGAAAAUUGAAGAGGCUGAAGAAGAUAACUCUUUUUAUGAAAGACAAAUUACUGAGGAAAGGAGCAAAAAGGUAUCAUCACAAAUUAAAGAAUAUGUAACUUUUAUCCAAGAUGCCCAAAGAUUAUUUGGUAUUGAUAAAAUACCUGCUUCUAUUCUUGAUGACGAAGAAAACAUAUCUCAAAACAUUGAACCUGAAAAGUCCACAGGGAUAAAUAUGAUGGAUGUUUAUAAAAAUAUUGGCAGAUCAAGACCAACUACAGGAUAUAUUAACCAGAGAGUGCAGCUCUCACAAAGCUCUGAAGCUGCUUCAAGGUUUGACUACGGAGCAUCUCGUGCUAACGAUGAGAUAAUGAGCUUGAAUAACUACGGAUUCUCUCAAAGAAAUAUACAAUCUGCAAUUCCGAGAGUUAAGACUAAGACAUGUUACAGAAGAGAGUCUAUAAAGAGAAAGACAGAUAAAAAUAUGAGACAUGGGAAGUUUUCGAAAUUCUUAGAUUAUUUGUUAGAAAUAAAGAAUGAUUCUCAAAAUACUACUGCCGAUGAGAUCUCAUCAGUAAUGAAGACAAAUGAAUCUUCAUACCACAAGAUUCCGAAGAAGAUUGGGAUGAGAAAUAUGUCUGCACCAGGAAGACCUAGAAAGAGACCAACUAAGGAACAGAUAUCAGACUACAUCAUCAUGACUAUUGCUAAAGAGGCUGAGAACUAUUUUAAACUGGACACCAUGCGGAAACAAAGAAUUCGAGAUUCCCUAGCUGAUAAACUUUUCUCUGAGAAGAAAAAGAUUGACAGAUUUAAGGGAACCAAAAGUAUGAGAUACAACGCAAGGAAAGAUCCUCUAUUACAAAGAUCAGUCGUUAUCAAUGAGCUAGAGAAAGCCAUCAUGAUUGUUAGUGAAGAAAUGAUGCAGAGAAGGAUAAAAACUAGUAUUUCUAACAGUAAGAGCAAGAAUGUGGAUGUCAAACAGAUACAAAGUCAGCAUCUGAGCAACAUAGGAGAGUCCUUCUUCAAAUCUAGCGACAAGAGAAAAAUCUUAAGGCUGUUCUGUAACUCUGAGAGCAUUAAGGAGAUGAUCGAGGCUUAUUCAAAAGGAGAAUCAGAGAGCUUAGUGUUCCUAAAGCCAGGCAUGAAGGACGAGCUCGUCAAUAAUCCUGAAUAA